AUGUCAAAAGAUCAAUAUAGUGCUCCAACUGGUGCUCCACCAGAAUGGUCUAACAAUAACAAUAAUAGUGGAUAUUCAGCUCCAAGUGGGCCACCACCUUCAGCUAAUUAUAAUCAAGGUAACCAAGAUAGAGGAAUGUUCAGCCAUCAACAACAACAAGGAUAUGGUGGUUAUCCUCAACAAGGAUAUCAACCACAAUACCAACAACAAGGAUACCCUCCACAAGGUGGAUAUUAUCAACAACAGCAACAACCCUAUUAUGUUCAACAACAAAGAACUUCCGGUGGUACAACUGAAGGGUGUCUUGCUGGUUUAUGUGCUGCAUGUUGUAUCUGUUGUACUUUAGAUGCUUUAUUCUAG